AUGCCCUUCAGCAUGCCCUUCAAGGACCGAAUACUUUAUCGUCAAGUUAAGUCCUUGAAAGCUAGCCAGCUACAAAGAUUCAAAAUUAAUUACUUCCCUCCUGCCACUAACCAGGAAGAAGCAAUACUUAACCCGCCUAAGAAUCUCUGGGUAAAGAUAAAAAACAAAGAACUGAUUGCAUUAAGAGCGGCCUAUAUUGCCGGUCCGUAUGUUCUUUAUGUGGAUUGUAAACCAGAAGAUUACGAUUCGAAUAAGAAAUGCUUUAUAACGGCAGACCAACCAGUAUUUGAGCCUCAAUUGCUUCCAGGACAAUCUUUUUAUGCUGAAUUAUCAUGCCAUACUUUCAAAGAAAAGUACUGCUGGGUGGUUGACAUUGUAUCACAAAUUAUUUUCAAUAACACUAUAGAUAUUGAUUUUGAAAUUACAGUGGGAACUUCUAAGAAAAUCCUUCAUGAGGCCGGAAUGUCUGAAAAUAAAGUUAUAAAUAGUGAUAGGAUAGGGUUAUUUGAAAAUCCUUCGACUUUAAUUGUUUCCGAUCAGGAUACAAUGGAUUUAUGGAAUCUUCCGGUCCCUGAUACUACUAAACCGAUACACCUUGUCAUUCUAACUCACGGCUUACAUUCUAAUGUCAGUGCAGAUAUGUUAUACUUGAAAGAAGAAAUCGAUAAGGUGGGAUAUAAAGAUAAUAUAGUGGUGAAAGGUUUUUUUGGGAACAUAUGUAAAACUGAACGUGGUAUAAAAUAUUUAGGAAGUCGGGUAGCAGAGUACAUCGUUGAAUUAGUAACGAAGAAUGAACAAUUCAAUAACGGCAAAGUAAAGAAGAUUUCAUUUAUUGCUCAUUCUUUGGGUGGAUUGGUUCAGACUUUUGCAAUUGCUUACUUAAAGAAUAACUUUCCUUGGUUUUUUGAUUCUAUAAUUCCAGUUAAUUUUAUCACUUUAGCAUCACCUCUACUUGGAGUAGUGAAUGAUAAUCCGGUAUAUAUAAAACUUGCUCUACUGGCUGGUAUUGUUGGAAUGACUGGACAAGACUUAGGCUUGAAAUUCGUUGAGAACGAUGAUAAACCCUUAUUACUUCUUUUGCCUACUGGCCCAACCCACCAGGUUUUAAAGAAAUUCGUUAGAAGAACAGUUUACUCCAAUGUUAUAAAUGAUGGGAUUGUUCCUUUAAGGACAUCUGCUUUACUUUUUUUGGACUAUAAAGGUUUAUCACAAAUAAUGAGUUCAAAUCAAUUGAAAGAAGGUUCAGCUAAUAAAAUUCCUCCUAAUAAGAAUUUGGAAAUUAAAGAUCAAGACCGGAAUAAGAAUGAAGAUUCAAUAAUCUCCUUGCCUAUGCAGGCCAUGUUGUCAUAUUUCAUGCCUCAAAAACAACAGAAACAAUCCAAUGGUGAACUACAUAGAUAUCAAACAAUGACCGAUUUAGAAUCAUCUUCUAGUAUCGAUCAUGUGUAUAAAUCUUUACCGAAGGCAUCGGUUUUAGAAACUGCUACUUCAUUGAUAUUACCGCCAUUACCUUCUCUCAAGUACAUUACAAAUCCAGAUGCUCGUGAAAAUGUUAUUAUCCAUGAUCAAUUAUACAAGGAAGAGGAUUUACCACCUAAGGAUACCAAACCUGGAUUUACCCGAAGUGGUUCUCAUGGAGCUGAAGGCUCAACGGAAAAUGGUGGAUUAAGACUUAGACAGAGAAUACUUAAUACGCUUGAUUACUCUAAUGUUGAUACCGAUGCCUUGGAAGAGGAUAUUGCUAGAGAGUAUCAUAAAAAUAUGACUUGGAGAAAGGUGCUUGUCAAAUUGAAGCCUGAUGCCCAUAAUAAUAUUAUUGUUCGUAGAAGAUUUUCAAAUGCUUAUGGAUGGCCAGUGAUAGAGCAUUUAGUGAAGAAUCAUUUUGAUAUUAGUUCUGGAGAUGAAAUUUCGAAUUCAGAAAGCUCUAAAAUUCAAAGUGUCGAUUCAUUAGAUAACCAAAUAGACUUAUCGAGUAUUUUAUCUCGAGACUUGAUUUCAAGACAAAAUGAAAUAAUCGAUCAACAGAAGGAAAAGGAAAAAGAAAAGCAGAUAGGAUUGCAAGCACCAGAAGAAAGUGAACAUACUUGGAUUAAUUCUAAAGAUAAUUCAGAUUCCAUAUUUGCAGUUGGUCCAACUGGACUUUUAUCAGAUGUUAGUGAGAUUGUUGGUAAUUUGAGAGAUCAAUGGUAUAAUGGCUAUUCAAAUGCAACGGUAAAUAACGAAACUCUUCGUGCAACGCAUUCAACUGAAGAUAGUCCUCCUAUUGAAACAACGGGUGUUAAAUUUCAAAAGAAAGACGAUUCUGAAAGUAAAGACGACGAUGAAUUUGAUCUUGGAGAUAAAACAUUGAUGGGAAAUUUCAUAUAG